AUGGGUCGGGCGGUGAGGUGGCUCAAGGGCCUGUUCGGGAUCGGGAAGGAUAGAGAAGUCGUCAAGGACGCCGCCGACCGCCGCUGCCACCCAGAACGCCGCCGCGCUGGCGGGGACUGUGACAACCCGGCGACUAUCCCUCCCAACAUAUCGGCAGCGGAAGCCGCCUGGCUGCGGUCGUUCUACGUGGAGGAGCGCGAGGAGGAGCAAAGCAAGCACGCGGUGGCGGUGGCCGCGGCCACCGUGGCGGCUGCGGACGCGGCGGUGGCGGCAGCUCAUGCUGCGGUCGACGUCGUGAGGCUCACCAGCCGCGGCAGGAGCACCGCGUUCGGCGGCUUCGGCUGCCCCGAGAGGUGGGCCGCCGUGAAGAUUCAGGCUAGUUUCCGGGGAUAUCUGGCGAGAAAAGCACUGAAAGCUUUGCGGGCGCUGGUGAAGCUGCAGGCGGUCGUGAGGGGAUAUCUGGUGAGGAAGCAAGCCGCCGCCGCGUUUCACUGCAUGCAAUCUCUCUUCCGAGCUCAGGCCACCGUCCGUUCCUGCCGAGCUGGCGCUCCUCUCGCCGCCUCCGACGUCUGCGCCGCCGCCGCCGCCGCCGAGUGCCCGCCGCGCCAUUCCACGGAGAGAUCGGACGACGCAGGAAGCGAGUACUCAGCAUCCUUUCACAGCAUGAGGCUGCUGUCUUCUCUCGACGCCGCGACAGCGAUCACGACCGCCGAAGGAUGCCCGACGAUCAUGAAAGUCGACACCGGCGGGCGGCAUUCGAGGCCCGCCAGGCCCCACCCUGCUGACACAUAUCUCUACUCCGAGCCACCGCCGCUGCCGCCGCCUCCCCACCCGACGUUCUCCGCCACCCUCCCGCUCCAUGCCCCGCCCCUCCUGUCGAUCCCGGAGCGCCGGAGCUUCCCCGACCCCGAGUGGGCCCUGAGCGGCGGCAACGGGUGCCGGUUCUCCACCACGACCCACAACACGCCCCGGCUUGCGGGCUCUAGCCUCUGUGGCCCCAGUGGGCCCGCCACCCCGUCCCACAGGAGCGGCGAGUGCGGGGAUGGCUCCUCCUGGGGGCGAAUCAGUGGGCGGUCCCCGAACUACAUGGCCAUCACGGAGUCCUCCGCUGCGAAGCUGCGGUCGCAGAGCGCGCCGAAGCAGAGGCCUGAGCUCGGGUCCAAGAGGCGGCUCUCUCUCCAUGACGCGGCGGCGGGCUCGCGGAGCAGCUUGAGCGAGGCCAGGAUGCAGAGGGCUUGCUCGAGAGCCCAGGAGGUGAUCAGCUUCAAGAAUGCCAUACUGGGCAAGCUUGCGAGGCCCAGCGAAUUUGGCAAAGAAGCAGACAAGAGGAUGUGGUGA